UACAUGUCAAAUCAACCUACAAUAAACUUCAAACACCGAAGUGAGUGCGUGUGGUGUGGCGCUGUCAAUAUAUAUACGAAGCGAUACCAUAAGAAGACAUGAAACAGAUAACCUUGGAUGAAGAGUAUAAAAAGGAUACAAGGAUAACACCGCAUGAUGUCGCAGAGCUACGAAAAUGGCUUCAAACGCAACCCCACUUGCCCGAAAAGUAUAUAUCAGAUCUGGACCUUAUCCUCGCAUAUCAUUGCUGUCACAACAGUUCAGGUUUGACGAAGCAAGUUUUAGACUUGAAUUUAACACUACGAACGCUGUUCAAUAACAUUUUUAAGGAUCGUUAUAAUGAUCGCAUAGAAAAAAUUGUUACAAACAUUUUGAUGACAACCCUAUCGAAGCGAACGAAAGAAGGCUAUGUGAUAUUUUAUACUCGUCUUUUGAAUAAUGAUCCCAAGGUCUUCCAUUUUGGAGAUGCAGUAAAAGCAGUGCUUAUGAUUAUCGAAUUGUAUCAGUAUGAAGAAGGUACAUGGCCCGGAAUGCUCCUUACGGUCGACUUUAAGGACGUAACUCUUGCUCACUUAGCGAAAAUCGACUUAUUCUAUUUACAACAUUUCCUAUACUAUCUUCAGGAAGCAAUACUUUUAAGACUCAAAGGAAUGCAUUUUAUGAACGCACCACCUUUUAUCGACAAGGUAUUGUUGAUGAUGAAACCAUUUAUGAAGAAAGAGUUGAUGGACAUGUUAUACGUCCACACUACCGGUUCCAAGACUGUAGAAGAUUACAUACCAAGCGAGGCGCUGCCCAAAGAAUCUGGUGGCAACGCAGAAAGUGUUGAGAAACAUAGAGAUAUUGUUUUGGCGAAAUUAAAAGAUCACAAGCCAUAUUUUGAGGAAGAGAGUCAAAAACGAGUAACAGAAUCUCUUAGGGCGGGCAAACAGAAGACUAUAUCAGAUAUAUUUGGAGGGGUCGAAGGGUCGUUCAAAAAGUUAGAAAUUGAUUAACAUUUCCGACAAAAUUGAUGAAGUAUUCUCAAUUAAGGCUACUGAUAUCCGGCAUCAGAUAUUUCAUGCCGAAUUACUCUGUUUAGUCUGUUAUUGAAAAUCCAUAGCUAUUAAAUGCUUAAAUUUGUAUUUGAUUACGAUGACAUAAAACUUUUUACUGCUUAGUGCAUUGUAAAAAUACAAGAUUUUAUUUAAGUUGCAAUAUUAGACAAUUUUUUAUCAAGCUUAUAAUAUUUAA